AUGAUCAUCUACGAGGGGACAGGGGCACCCUGGGGACACGGGGACACCCUGGGGACACCUAUCCCAUUGCAGGGAUGGAUUGGGGACACACUAGUGGGCUCAAUGAUCAUCUCGGAUUCCCGGGGGGAUCCGGGUGUUCCCGGGAAUCCUGGGGGGUCUGUAGGACUCCCAGGGGAUCUGGAGGGUUCCCACAAGGAUCCUGGGGAUCCCGGGGGGAUCCUGGGGGUCCAGAGGGUUCCCAGUGGGAUCCUGGAGGUCCGGAGGGUUCCUGGGGGAAUCCAGGUGUUCCCGGGAAUCCUGGGGGCCUGA